CUGCUGUAUUCAGUAUUCAGCAUAAAUAGAAGGAUCAAGGGAAAAAAUGGCACAUGAGAAUGAAAUAGCUAUUGUGGGGAUAGGAUGUAACUUUUCUGGAGGUGAAGGCUACAACCGUUUGUGGAGAGUCCUGGAAAGUGGCAAAAAUUGUGCUACAGAAAUACCUCGUGAAAGAUUUAAUGUUACAGAGCGGCAUGAGCUUGGUGAUGACGGCAGACACAAUAAAAUAGGUCUGCCUUGUGCUGCUCUUCUUGAAGAGUUUAAUGCAUUUGACAAUAAACUGUUUGGCAUUAACAAUGAGGAAGCUGAGCACGUGGAUCCUCAAGAAAAGCUUCUCCUGGAAUGUACCUACCGAGCACUCGAAGAUGCAGGAAUUCCUACUGAAAAGAUCAGUGGCACCAAAACAGGGGUUUUUCUUGGUCUAAUGAAUGAAAACUGUGGGUGCAGGGCAGUUACCAAAGGAAAUCACGAUGAUGGUACAAGGACACUGACAAGCACAACAGCUAACAGGAUUUCAUGCACUUUUAAUCUGACUGGACCGUCGCUAAUUAUUGAUACAGUUUGCUCAUCAUUCCUCUCUGCUUUACAUUUUGGCUGCAAAGCCAUUAAACAAGGAGACUGUGAAUCUGCACUUUGUGGAGGAGUGAAUUGUAUUAUGGAUCCUGGGAAGUUUCUGUAUCUUAACAAAGGAAAAGUAUCUGAUGAAAGGACCAAUAAACCAUUAUUCAGAAAGACAGAUGACUAUGAAAUAGGAGAAGGCUGUGGCAUUCUUUUGUUAAAACCACUGAAAAAGGCCCAAGAAGAAUUCAGCAAAAUUUGGGGUGUCAUCAGCGCCAGUGCAGUCAGUCAGAAUGGAAGAUGUGUUGCUUCAGCCACCCAAGGAAAUCCAACAGAACAGGAAAAGUUAUUGCUCAGCAUUUAUCCAGCAUGUACUGAUCCAUCAGCAGUUCAGUACAUUGAAACACAAAGCACAGGAAACUUUGCUGAAGAUGCCACUGUGGCAGACAGACUAGGCAACUAUCUUGGGACAAAAAGAUCUCCUUAUCUUCCCCCUCUCAAGAUUGGUUCAGUUACAGGGAACAUAGGAUACACAAAAUCAGCUUGUGGAGCAGCAGGAUUGAUUAAAGUUCUUCUCAUGAUGCACCAUGGAAAGAUUGUCCCAUCCGUGCGCUUUCUGGAAGGAAUGAAUAGCACAAAUAUAGAGAGAUUAAAUAUCUCCGUUCCAACCAGAGUGGAAAACUGGGAUGACUCGGGUGAGUUUGGCAGAAUAGCUGGGAUCAACUGUUUUGGAAGUAAUGGGAACAAUGCCCAUGUGGUUGUCAGACAAAUUAAACAAACACAGGAUUCACUUCUAGUCAAAAGACCCACGGAAUUGUUCGUAAUCUCAGCAGCUUCAUCUAAUUCUCUCAGAAAGACACUGGCAGACACUGCUAGACACCUCAGCAUAAAUGACUCAACAACUCUCCCAAAUCUGGCCUAUACGUCUGCAUGUAGAAGAAGCCACAAAAACUGUAAAUAUCGAAAAGCAUUUGUGGCAUCCUCUCUUCAGCACUUAAAAAAUCAGCUGGUCUCUGGUGCUGACGUAGAAACAGUUCCAUUAAAGAAGCUUCCACAACUAAUUUUUGCAUUCUCCAGUAAUGAGCUGAAUUUCAAAGGGAUAUGCAAAACCUUGCUUAGACUGGAGCCAGUUUUCAGAGACAAGUGCAUUGAAAUAAAACAAUUAUAUCAACAGUUGACACCCAUUCCAAAUUUUGAAUUAACAAGGAGCGCAGACGCGGAUUUGUCCAGACCUGAAAUUGCCCAACCCUUGUUCUUCAUGCUCCAGGUGGGCCUGGUUGAGCUUCUGCGGCACUGGGGAAUUAAGCCUGUUGCCACUGUGGGACAUUCCGUUGGAGAGGUGGCUGCUGCCCAUUGUGCGGGCUUGAUCUCCUUGGAGGAUGCUGUCCGAAUCAUCUAUCACAGGAGCAGGCUACAGGCUAAGGUCACCAGAGGCAAGAUGCUGGUGGUGGGUAAUAUCCCCAUUCAGCAGGUGUCAGCAGCCCUUGAAGCAUAUUCAGGACAAAUCUCUGUUGCAGCCAUUAACAGCCCUCAGUCUUGUACAUUGUCAGGAGAGGCAGAGUCCAUCAGUGCCCUCCAAAAACAUCUGGCUGAAAAAUUCAGCAAAAGAAAUCCCUUUCUUCAUGUUUUAAAUGUGCCGGUUGCGUAUCACAGCCAUAUGAUGGAUCCAGUACUAACAGAGAUGGAAGCCAGUCUAUCUGAAUUAAAGAAAGGGAAGUUAGCCAUUGAACUAAUUUCUACAGCAACCAGGAAGGCGGCUUCAAAUGGUGAUUUUGUUACUGGCAACUAUUGGGCCAGACAGGCUCGUGAUACUGUGGCUUUCGCAGAUGCUUUAAUUACAUUAGCAAAAGAUAAGGAUGAUAUUGCAUUUGUAGAAAUUGGCUCCCAAAGUGUAUUGCAGAGUUACAUCACUGAAACAUUAGGAUCAAAAACCAAGGUUUUCCAUUCCAUGCAAAUUGACCAAGAAUAUGAAGCCCUUCUUAAUCUAGUAAAAGAUUGUUUUGAACUUGGAUUCAAUGUAGAUUGGCAACAUUUUUAUGAAGGGUAUCAAAGCAUACCAUCAGCUUUUCCCAGGUAUCAGUUCGAUCAUCAGAAGUUCCUGUCACGUUGGAGCAUUAAUCAGCAAGAAAGCUAUAAAAGUCCAAAUUCAAGUCACCCUUUCAUUAGCAGGGCAAAUGAAGAGAACUCAGAAUUCAUCUGUACCAUUUCUGAGUCCCUCAUGCCAUAUUUAUUUCAGUACAAGCACCACAGUAGAGCUUUAAUUCCUGAUUCUUUUUUUGUGGAACUUGCUUUGGCAGCUGUGAUGACCAGCUCAAAACCAAAGGUACCCUUACGUUUUUGUCAGAUGAAUAUAAUUUUUACUGAGUCAUGUAUUUUACAUGAAAAUUCACAAGCUUUGAAGAUAAAAGUUGAGCCACAGCAAAACUGGUCAGUAUUCAGGAUACACUCUGAAUCAGGUCAUAAAGUUUAUGCAUCUGGACAAGUCACAAAAACUCCAGAAACACUGAUUGAAGAAAAAGAAAUUUAUCUGAAAGAUAUUUUUCAGAGGUGUAGCUCUUCUGUUAACAAAGAUGAGGUUUAUGAAGCAUUGGCACAGCUGGGGCUCCAUUAUGGCGAUCAUUUUAGGCAGCUGAAUGAUUUGUUUUAUUGUGAAAACUUGAAAGAAGUUGUAACAACUGUUCAGCUGAACACACAAAUGGUUGAAGAAAUGCAUGAGUAUUAUAUCCAUCCAGUACUCUUAGACUGUUUUCUACAAAUGGUGGGUGUUCUGGCUUCACUUAUUUCCAAGAACAAAAUAGUAUUUCCUUCCAGCAUAAGCAGCUUGGUAGUUGCUCAAUGUCUACAGGAGGAAAUGGUUAUAUAUUUAAAAACAAGCAUGUCCACCAAUAAUUGCUUACAGUUUUGUGGUUGCUUUACAGAUAAAAAUGGAUCUGUUUUAGCAGAACUGAAAUGUGUCCAGGCCACUUUUAUAAAGGAAAUUCCUAAGAAAGAAAAUGAUACAUUGUUUGAAAAUAAUUGGAAAGAAAUAACUUUUGAUCAAACUAUGCAAAAUUUACCCAAAGCACCCAGAGCUGUGGUGUUCACUGACAAAUUUGGAAUUGCACAGCAACUCAAGAAUUAUUUACAUAGUGAAUCUAAAUUUCUUACAUACCAGGAAUGGGAGAAAUUACUGUUAGCCAAGAGAACAAACACCAGUGCACAAGCUAAAAUGAAGAUGGAUCUGCAAAGAUAUGAUAAUGUUUUGUUUAUGUGGGGUAUCCAAAAACUGAAUGAAUCUUUACCAGAGAAAGUGGUGAAGUAUUCAGUACGAUGUUGUGAGGCUUUUCGGCAAGUUGUUAUUGCAUUAAGGGAGAAGAAGUCCCACUGUUCCAUUACAGUAAUCACUUAUAGGACAUCAGGAAGAAAAGUAGACCACAUAAAUACUGGUUUUGUUUUGUAUGGUAUGACUCGAACUUGUAUGGUUGAAGUCCCUGAAAUCACAUUUCAGAUAGUUGAUAUCAGCUCUACAAACUCAAUAGAUAUCUCAGCUUUAGCUGAUGUUUUAGUACAAUAUAAAGCUCAAGAUUACCCAGAAGUUUGGAUUGACGAAGGAAGAAUUUACUGUUCUGAAAUCAGGCGCACCCAGACUGAAUCCACUGCCUUCGAUGUACCUUUUGAGUCACUUCAGAAUUCAGAAUUGUGCAGUUUGUACACCAGUGAUCCAUAUGUUAUAAACAAGCUCUCAGCAGAAGUCACCAGUCCACAUACUCAGCUUGGCAGUCACAGCGUGGAGAUUCAAAUGGACAAAAUGACCAUUCAUUCAGAAGACUAUUUUCCUGUUAGUGUGUCCAGCUGUAAAUACAGGGAAACCUUGUAUUGGAACUCCUACACAAAAGGCAAACAUCAGGUUUUAGCAUUAGAUUUUAGUGGGACUGUAACUGCAAUUGGUACUGAAGUGAAAAAAGUAAAAGUAGGGGACCAUAUUGUUUCAUGCUACCCAGUUUCUGCAGCUACAAAAAUUAGUAUUCCUGAAGCAGUGUGUUUCAGGACACAAAAAUUUUCCUGUUUUAGAAAUUCACCAUGCAUGUCAUUCUUCUGGCUAGCAAGGGAAAUUCUGCUCCAAAGACUGCCAGUGCCCAAACAUAGUGAGGUGUUAGGUAUUAUUUCUACUGAGCCUGAGUCAGUUUUGUGCAAAGUGCUUACCAUUUUAGCCCAGGAAUCCGGAUGGCAUACUAUUGUUACAGACCAUAUGGCUGGACUAUGGCAACGUGUUAAUCAGAGCAGUGCUCUGAUUUUCCUACCUCCACUGAAUGGUAUCUUUAAGGAGGGAUUAAGCUGCCUCUUCCAUCUUCAAGAUGUUGUACUGAUUUACGGUAAUAAACAGCCUGAACGCUUGCAAUAUCUGAUUGAUCAUGAAAAUAUCCGCCUCCAUAGUAUCAACCUGAUCAAUAUUUUUCAGAAAGCAUCUCUGAUACGGUCUCAGAAGGAGAUUGACUAUUGGCUUAAAUCAAUAAAUAUGAAACAAUUACAGCAUCUUCCGUCCUCCAUUUUUCAGCAUACAGGCAUGCCAGAGAGAUCAGAUAUUGAAACAUCUUAUUUCAAUUGUAAACAAGUCCCCAUUGCAGUACUGAAAAGGAAUGAGAACAGUGAGAUCUCAGAUAUAUCAAUCAUUGAAUCAGGUAAAAGUUUGUUUAAACAGAAUGCCAUUUAUAUAAUCACAGGGGGACUCACUGGACUUGGCUUUGAAACAGUAAAAUUUGUAGCUCAGAAUGGUGGAGGCCACGUUGUCAUACUUUCACGGGGCAAAUCAAGUCCUCAGGUGCAGAAAGAAAUAAAUGAUCUUCAGGAUCACUGUGGCUGGAGCAGAAUAAUCAGCCUGCAAUGCAAUGUGAUUUUCAGUUCUGAGGUUGAGAAGGCUAUCAAAUCUAUCAGCAAAAUCUUUCCAAACUGUCCAGUCAAAGGGAUAUUCCACAGUGCUAUGGUUUUAAAUAAUGGCCGUCUUGAAACCCUCACAAUGUCUCACUUUGAGGAAGUUCUAAGUCCAAAGAUAGCAGGAGCAAUCAAUCUUCAUCAUGUCAUGAGAGGCCAUGACCUCGACCACUUUGUGUGCUACUCAUCUUUUUCAUCAUUUCUUGGAAGCCCAACACAGUCAAACUACGCGGCUGCCAAUUCUUUUCUGGAUCUCUUCUGCCAUUACAGGAGAAACUCUGGCCUUGCAGGGCAGUCCAUUAACUGGGGAGAUAUAAAUACUGGAAGUCUACAUGGUCAUCGUCACGAUCAGCACCACAAGUUACAACUCCAAGUUUUAGAGGAACUUCAAGUAAAUGACAUUCAUGAACAGCUCAAAAGAAGCUUAAUUCUAAACAACUGUCAGCAAGCAGUGGUGAAACUGAAUUUGAAAACCUUAGCUGACCAUACUUCAUCUCAGAAUUUGUCACUGAAGAACCGUUUCUGCAGCCUUAUUUUUGAAGAGAUGGGUAGUAAUUCUGAAUUUACUUCUGAAACUAUACCCCCAAAUCUAGGACCUAUAGAUUACAUUAUCUCACUUUUGAAAAGCUUGACUAAUACAUCACCUGGUGGCUUUUCAAUGCGCACACGACUUUCAUCACUGGGUAUAGAUUCUAUCUUAGCCAUUACUCUGCAGCACCGUAUCUUUGUGGAAAAGGGAGUGGAGAUACCGCUUGUGAAGCUACUUGAUCCUCAUUCAACUGUAUCAAUGUUAAUCUUGUUCUUGAAAGAAAAUUUGCAAAAAACAGAUUCUAAUGUAGGUGAAGAUAUUGAUGCUGGGAGCUGGUUAUAGGAAUCCUUUUCCUGGUCUUUUUUCCAAAUUAAUUCAGCUAUGGCUGAAUUAAUGUUUUAUCAGUUAAUUAAAUUUAAACCUCGAAAAUAGCUUAAUUACCAUGCUAAUAGUUAUUGUUGUGGAAAUAAACCUCUAUGUAUGAUAGGAUCUUGACAUACAUAAUAUUCUAGUUACAGACAUGAAUAAUAUAGAACACAAUGUAUGUAUAAUAAAGGUGGAGGAUCUCACCCAAAGAAGCCCAGAUUUGAAACAAUUAAAGCAAAACCUAAACUUGAUACCUCAAUCAAAUCUAAGCUAUCAGACUAACACAUGGACAGGGAGAAUCAAAUCAUGGGAAAAUCAAUUGCUACAGAGUCCAUCAGCAGUGGGAUGUUUCUACUAUCAGGAGGGCUUUUAAAAAGAAAAAAUAAUUGCUCCAGUUUUUCUUCAUCUUCUGCCUUUUCUCUCACAGAAGGAGCAGGAAAAUCUCUUCUCAGUUUGAAUCAAAGAUAGAUAAGCAGAAGCCCUAAUCCCCAGAAAUCUGAGGUUGGAAAGCCAGCAAAAAUAUAGCAGCCUAGGGACUAAUGCAAACU